GUCAGUACUCCCUCGUCUUCAUUCCAGUAUAAAGACUGCCAGUCCCAGAGAUCAAUCACAUCAUCUCAUCAACAUCAAACAAAACAACUCGACAUCACAACCAGCUUUCGCAGCUUAAUAUCUCCAACAAUAACGACAACAACCAACAAUUAACAAGGUGAGGCCAGAUACGGGCGACAAACACGAAUCAAAAGGUUCAUUGACUCACAACUUCCAGACAUAACCCACGCAAGCCAACACACCAAAAUGCUCUUCAAGACCACACUCCUCUCCCUCCUGGCCACCGCUUCUUCGGCCACCACCAUCCCCAGGGACUCCUCCUCCUACACCGACAUCAACAAGUGCCUCCCCGGCCAAAUCUCCAUCAAGGGUACAUGCUUCAAGGCCGGCGCCUUCUGCGGCGGGUUCGCCGCCAUUCCUUGCGCCGACGCGAAGCAGAUCUGCGUCGACGACCCGCGCGAUGAUUGCGACCCGAAGAAGGGAGGUGCCGACUGUGGCGGCGUCUGCAUCGAGCCGCUGGUCUGCGGCGGAUUCUUGGGCACUUUGUGCCCUAAAGGGCUGACUUGUGUGGAUGAUCCUAGGGAUGAUUGCGAUCCUGAGAAUGGUGGUGCGGAUUGCGGUGGUAUUUGCGUUGCUUGAAGGAUGGAAGGGCAGGAAUGUUAAAGGAUAGGAGAAGAAUACAUGGAAAGAGGAUUCAGAUGAUGACCUAGGGGUCGUCAAGGGGCUGACAAGGGGCGAGAAAGGAGCUAUGGAGGUACAAACUGGGAGGUUAUUGGAUUAAUGUUGAGAAUAAGGGAUCCUGUGCCGACAAAGGAAAGAUGAGCCACACAGCACACCUGCUUGCUCCUUCAUUCCGCGUACCACGCAAAAAGAAUCGUUGGCAGAUUAUGAAUCAAGCACCUCGCGGUCCCCCAUCAACCAAUUUUUCUUUCGAGGGCAGUGGUCAGGAAAUGCGUGGUGUUCUUGGCCUUUCUGCUAUAGCUUGCUGGGGGUGAGGGUGGCACCCAACUUCUCACCAUCCAGGAACAGAUUGACCAAGGACGAAAAGUGAUCCGCGUACUGAUACAAAAAGCCGUGUCCAGAGUCGGGGUAUAGGUGCAGAUACGCAUUCGGUAGUGUCUUGUACAUCAAAUAGCUGUUUUCCGUUGGCAAGAGCAAGUCUUGACACCC